AAGGAGAGCUCACCAUCUGAAAGGGGCUUAGUUUCUAGUGAGACACUCCGUGGUGCCCGUGACCCCAGCAGAGAACUGGCUUUGUCGUCUUCUCUAUAGAUUUGGAUCCUGAGACACCGGUAGGAGAAACUGAAGUAACUUGAGUCCUUCUUCUCCAGACCUGGGAACCAAGAGGUGUCCUGCAGAGCCGGCUCUCAGCAGCGGACAGGGACCUCACCCCCAGGCCUGAAAGAUGGGGAACUGCAUCGCCUCCAGCACCAGGGACGACCGCCAGGUCCCUCGGUUUCCGGCCCCCUUCCGCGAGCGGAGAGGCGGAGACGGCCCGGGGGCGGGGGGACCGCGGGGUCCGGAGCGGCGCGGGGCGGGGGCAGCCCCGCCGGGAGCGCCGCUGACCUUCGGUCGGAGGAUCCGCCUCAUUCAGAGCCCGCCUCGAGACGUGUACGGAAGGGAUGGGUGCGAAACGAAGACCACCGAGUGCGCGGUCUGUCUGAUGGACUUCGUGCCCGGGGACCCCAUCCGGUCUCUGCCCUGCAAGCAUGUCUAUCACCUGGACUGCAUCAACCAGUGGCUGACCCGGUCCUUCACCUGCCCGCUCUGCCGGGGGCCCGCGGACGCCGCGAAGCCUUUGUUCGAGGACGCUCUUGAGCCCAGACCCCUGGUGUGAUUGCAAGGGACCCAUCAUUUUUACUGAUUUCCAUGUUUUGUACUGUGCCCAGAUAGCCAGGGAUUAGGAAUUUAAAUCGUGCACAAAGGUUUAUUAAAAGUUCCUGGAAUGUGGCAGAUGUCCAGGAACCUUUUCUAAUGUUUUAGAAAGAUAGGGAGAAAUAGCGGGUGAACCUUGACCAAGUGCUGAGAGGGGUAACGACGUCUUAGCACUGUCCUCUUGCUAGAACUGUGCACCCUGUUUCAGCAGCUCUACGUGUUGUAUUGCAUCUGUUGAACGUCAGGGAAAGAUGGUGGUUACUCUUCCUAAAUGAAAUCAGAUUCUUCUCCCCCAUCCAACUUAAAAGUUGCUGGCGUUUAGGCCACAGUUUUAUGAAAAGUUACAAUUUAUACAACUGAACUAAAAUAAAAUCCAAGUAUGUAUGAGUGAA